AUGGACAGAUACUGCUAUACGUCGCCAUCUAGGGUCCAAACUUUAUUAGUUCCCAUAAAUGGCUGUCUGGCGAAUGAUUUUUUACGAUACAUAUCACUCAUUCGUUCAUCAGUAGAAGAGGUAAGGCUACUAGAUAUUCCGCCAUCCUCGAGCUUGCAUCUAUUUAAUCCACAGAGCUUUCCCAAUGGAAGGGUAAUGUUCAAUUUUACCACUUCUUCUCCUGAAGAUGAAUCAAUAUUUUUGCAUGAUUUAGAACCAUUCCGAAAGACAUUCAUAAUAACAGGAAUUGGCAAAUAUAACGACGCAAUUAAUAAUAAAGUAGGAUUGGAAGCUGUUAAAGCUUUGAAAGAGACCAAUCCCAGUUCAAUAGUGCAUAAUGUCAUUUAUUUUGACACACCAAAAGAAAAAAUCGAGGAAUAUAAUCCUCCAUCUGACCAUUCAUAUCAAGCAGUCUUCUAUCACAAUGGAUCAAUGAAAUAUAACAUAACAUCUUUAGAAACAAUAUUUUGUGAUAUUAGUCGUGAUUUUUUGGCAAAGUUGGAUAUAUAUGCGUCAUCAUAUCAAAAUAUAACUUUAAGGUCUCCUGUGUCUAUUAGCAAUACUAAUGUUUUAACUAAGACAAUAAAUCAAGCACAAAAGAGACUUAGCUCAGGCAGUACCUCCUUUAAAAUGACAUUAAACAAUGGUAAUGGUCAAGUUUCUUCUGCUACGGACGUCAAGAAAAAAACCCAACAAUCACAUAAAGGCAGACAAUUGAAAUUGAUGGGAAGUUUGUUUUUGUUGGCAGGGAAUUAUCAGGAGGCAAUUCAGCAAUUUGGAGAUGCUAUUGCAAAUUUGAAGAGUUGUGAAGAUUACUUAUGGCUUGCGAGUGCAUUAGAAGGUCUUGGUGUUGCUCUAACGUUAUCUCACUACUCCGGCAAUUCGUUUCAAAAUUUAAAUCCUGCAAUUAGCUCUGUUCUACAGAUUUCCAGAAAUAGAAUACCUUCAUUUCCUCUGAGUACUAGUGGUGAACGUUUGACAAUCAAAAGAUCAUCAAACGAUUCGUUCACUGCAAAUCAUUCCUCACCAAAUUUCAGUAAGCCAUCUACCAGUGACAUUAUUAAUCAUACUCAAUCACCGAGGAAUUCCAUGACUAGCUUUAGUGGUGUUGGUACGAGUAGCCUGGCCACAAUAUCAGAAUUAUCAUCACUACCUCUUCCUACUCUCAUUCAAAUGAUAUCAUCGAAGGUUUCGAGUUUCUAUCAAUUAAGCACAAACAAUCACGAAAGCAUGGUUCCAGACAUUGUUUACGUUGAAUGUAUUCUAAGGCAUAUCAAGUUUAUGCUAGGUGUUUUCGUUGGGGGGAACAGUAUGAGUUCAGAAGUUUUAGAUAACGUAGUUAAAGGUACUGUUUUAAUACCAAAAAAAUCAUCUGAUGGAGCUGCAUUUUUUCUGAAACACGAUAUUCUACGUGAAAUUGACAAACUAUUUUCAUUACAGUUGGUUGAAUUGAGUAUCAUUGACCAAUGUCGAAUAUACUCAACACUAGCAACUGUGUAUUCAGACUUGGGUUUGCUUAGAAAAAAGGCUUUUAUGCUUCGGAUAUUGUUGGUAGGCAUACUACCUCAUCUUAACUCGUUGCAUGAACAUAGUCAUGAGAAGAAUAUCUCAAAAAGUUUUCAUGCCUCUAGCAUUCGAGAUCUUUUCAAUUUCUUGUUCGUUGUUUACGGAAUUGGAGAAGAGAGUGAAAGUGAUAUUUCUGAAGCGAUACAUCAUGCCCAAGGUGUUUGGACCUCGUUGAGAAUUCUGCUUUUGAGGCUAUGUAUGAAUUUUGCAGAAGCUAUGGAAGAUCACAUCUUUCUUCUUGAAAUUUGUUCAUUGUUACUUACAAGAUAUUGUAACUCAUUGACCAUCGAUGAUCAAUUGAAAUUGAAGGCCAAAAUUGAUUAUACUUUGACGUCGUCUGCUAGGAGCAGCUUAGAUCUCAACUUCGUUUAUUGGGAUCCGUAUUUGGUUAGAAGAGCCAAGCUCAUAAACGAUAAGAGUAAAGAUGACUUGGUGCCUUUUACAGAGUAUGAAAAAAAUUCUAAUAAUGUGGGACAGAUUGUCGGAGCAACACUGUCUCUUAGUCGAGAAAAACUGAACUCACAAAUCCUCCCCAGAGGUCCUAUAAUUUUCAAUCCUUAUGAAAAGACUAAAUCAGAAUCAAUCAAUAGGGACAAGUUAUUGUUGAAAGAUGAAGUAUAUAGAUUAAAGAUCACACUUCAAAACCCAUUUGCGUUUGAGAUUGAAAUAAUGGACAUAUCAAUUGUUGCAGACUCCGAUGAUGAUAUUAAAACAUUAGGUAAUCAAAUUAAGCCUCUAGCUACAAUCGGAGGGCAUGCUAUACAAAUGCAGAAUAGGCCAAAUGGAUUGAUGAAGUUAAGAAAGACUUUUGUAUCUGAUAAACAAAUGAAAUCCUCAACUUCCAUUGGCACUGAAAAUCAAACAAACGCUUUUUUAUCAUCUACAUCUGAUCUCAUUGUUCCUAGCAGAUCAAUGCAACUGUUUUCAGUUGCGUUUCUUCCUCUCAAGGUAGGAGAACUCAAUAUUAAAGGUUUUAAGGUUACUUUAUUCAAUUGCAAACCACAAUUCUUUCAAAUAGUUGAAAAAGAGCUUACUUAUGACUUGAGUAAAGUGAAAUACUUAGGACUAGGUAAGUUAGACUUCAGGGAUAAAUAUGUGUUAAAAAAGGCACAAGAUAACUUAGAAUUCAAUGAUAUCACAUCUCGCGUCCUGACCAAAGUGUUAAGUUUAACCGUAAUACCCCUGCAGCCAACAUUAACCUUGAAUGAAAUUCUGAUUGCAAAUAGGUGGAUCAUGUUGCUUGAAGGGGAAACAUAUAAAUUUUCGAUUUCUUUAUCCAAUUCCUCGGACCAAGAUAUUAAUUAUUUGUCAUUCUCCUUUUGGGAUUCUACCUUGGAACCUAUUAACAGGAAGUUGACUUCAUCAGGUCAUGUAUUACUGGCAAGUGAGAUAUAUGAAUUAGAAUGGCUCUUGAUGAACCAAAAGACUUUCAAAAUUCUUAACAAAGCUAUACUAAGCCGAGAUUACAAAGUUAUUAAGCCUCAGGACGAACUUAAGAUUGACUAUGAAAUAACAGGGAAGAAAGGCAUGAAGCUGCUGAAGAUCAUAUUGGAAUACGCGAAUAAGAAUGUAGAUGACCUUUCAAAAACAUUUGUUAAAUUCAUGCACAUUCCACUAAACGUAUCUGUUGUUCCUUUGCUAGACGUUGUUAAUUGUGACUUAAUUCAUUUAAUUGCAUCCUCUAUUAAGGAAUUGAUGUCCAACUUAAGUGACCUGUCGGCAAAGAACUUCAAGACGGUACUAGCGUAUAUAAAUCUAAAAUCGUCUCAUGAGCCUCAAGAGUCCAAAUACUGUUUAUUAGUGGUCGACUUGAGGAAUUCUUGGAAUGAAAGCGUUAUAGCGAGGUUGAAUCUCAACUUUGCUCCAGAUGAAGAUUUCAGGAUAGAAGAAGCCAUUCGCCCUGGAAAAACAGCUAGGUUCUUGCUACCAUUAAGAAGGGUGUCCACGAAUGAAAUAGAUUUGAGCAGGAGCAUACCAUCCCUAAGGAAGAAACAAUAUAUCAAAAAUUUUCACAUAAGUGAAGAAGAAGAAGAAACGAUGAGGUCACAUUUCUGGUUACGCAAUCACAUAUUGGAGCAUUUGGAAGGUACCUGGGAAACUAUGCAUGAUAGCAUGUAUAAGCGCAAGGGCAGUAUACAUUUGAGGAGUUUUUAUCUCACGAAUAGAAUGGCCCAAGCAAUGGUGUACCCGCAAGUUGAAAUAUUCAAUACUAUUUUAAAUGAUGCCGAUGAUGCAAUUGCGAAACAUGAAGGUUGUCACUUUAUUUUGGAGUCUGAUGAAUUCUAUACUUGGCGUACCACUAUCUCAAACCACACUAAAUAUCCUAUUAGUGGAAUUUUGAGGCAGAUUCCUUAUCCAGUAGCAUCACCUUUGAACUCCAGUGUCCAGAGCAUAAAAUACCAGCUUUCACUAGAUAGACGAAUAUUAAUUCAUGGUGUUCUUCAGAGUAAUAUAGAGCGGGUAAUUCUUCCCGGGGACUCAGUAAAUUUUGAUUUGACGUUCCUUGUCUUGGAGAAAGGAGAAUAUGAGUGGGGAUCUGUGCUAGAUGUAUUGACUCCUUCAAGAUCGCAAAUAUGCUCAAGAGAUCCAAUCUUUAUACAUACAUAG